UAUCAUUUAGCACAAGAACAAACGCAGAAGCUAAAUCCAUGCGGUUGCUCUUGGUCUUUCUGCGUCGCUCGUGUUCCUUCGCGCGGCACCGUGUAGCGACCCCACCUACCGACCAGGGUCGCGGGCUUUCCGGCUUCUUUGCGCUGGUGUAUGCAGCACGCGGCGCAUGGAGCGGCGCCACCUUUAACCGGAAGGGGUACGCAGACAAUGCGGGAGCGCGUCCCGGUCAGCGGCUCGCCCGCCUGCUUAUCAAGAAUAACGGCGAAGCGAGAUGGAAAGUGGUGGCAACAUCACCGAGAAGGCGGCCGGGCAUCCAUGCCAGCGCGCCGCGGGCCCCGGGUCCGGGGCGCCCGCGUUUUUCGUGGUCGGCCGUGCCCGAGUGCGGGGGGGCCGAUGGGGGGGCGCCUCUGUCGCCUUUUCCAGCACCCGCCAACGAACCGCGGGCGCCCCACCGAAACGGCGCGGCGCCCGCGCCAGCAUCGGCUCGACGUCUUGGCAAGAGGCCGGCGCCCGAACCACGGACGGGCGCCGCCCUGCCCGAUGGCCGCCCGGCAGGUUGCUCCCUCUGAGCGAGAGCCCCCCACUCGCGGGCCCGUAGGAAGGCCCCUCGGUCGCGCCUCGCUCCUUGGUGGCGCGUGUGUUGUUCUCGGGUGCGCAGGCCGCCCCGCCUGGAUCUUUGCUUCCAUCCGUGAUUCGCGCUCGCCCCCCAUUGUGUGUAGGCGCGCGGGCUGUUUUCUACGUGCAGCCGAACUACAUGAGAACGGCGGCCAUUUUUCGCGUUCUUGUGGUCUUGCUUCGGGCUGCUCGCGCGCGUGUGUUUCCUGAGUAUGGUCAUGAAGU